AUGGACAUCGUGAAUGCCAGUGAAUCCGAAAACCCCUUAUCUGAUGCAACAUCCGAGCUUGCCCGUGUCGCCGGUCUCGAUAUCGGAGUAAUUGAUACCCAGCUGCGGAACGAUUCCAAGGUGACCGAGCUUACGGGAAUACCGCCGCCAGAUGCCCCGAAUUUGCUAUCUAGGGACACAUCCUGGAGGGCUGUUGCCGAGACUCGAGCGCGUGCCGCACUAAUCAACAACCUAGGGCGGCUGCUUCAGGUGUAUGACGCUCCCAUGCCGGUAGUAACGGACCUCAGAAAUCUCGGAAUGUGCGGUCAGACCAGCCGAUCUAUAAUUGAUAGCUGCAAACAGGGCGUGAGGGCGCAGGUUGCCGCUUGCAAGCAGAAAUUGAAAGAUGCCAUUGCCCAAUGCAAGGACCACGUGGGAAGAACCAUUGACGCUUGCAAGAAACGUUAUUCGCGGUGGGACCCUCGGAAACUCAACUGUGAGCUACAAAGAAAGCCACUGGAGCUAAGUUGCGAGGCCAGGAGACUCAACGUGCCACUCUGUGAAUUUGACCGACUGAAUGCCGCAUGUUGCGAGGGAACUCGCCCACAAGCACAGUCCAUGUGCUAUGCUGGGUUCUCUGCAGCAGAGAUUGAAAAGCAGUCGCAAUCCGUUCAGCAGAAGUGUGCUAUUGCUGUUGCGAUAGCCAAGUCGGCCACCAAAUCAUACCUUACCGGCCAGGCCGUUGGGAUUCUGAGCCAGCUAAGCACAGUCAGGGAAAUCCAACAGGGAACUCAGCUUGUUCAAAAACUCCAAAACGCGCAGAAAGAUUAUCAGUCCUUCGCCCAGGGGGUCACGGCUGUGACUGAGGGCCGGAUCAACGAUGCUCAGCAGCUGCUCGGUACAUUCAGAUCCCAACUUCCCUCCCCCAUUAGCAAUGCUGCAGCCUGGGGUGAUGCUGCGCAGGCUCUGGCAAGCCGCAAGUCCAAUGAACUACUGAAAGCGGCUUGUGGUGCAGUUGGAGAUAUCCAGGUACUCUCUAAGGCGGUUGAGCAGAUUGAAAGAUUUAAGUCGGUCCAGAAAACUCUGCUUUCGAUCCAAAGUGCAGCGCGAGAAUGCAGUUGGCAGACACGUCUCAACCCGGAGAACUUUAGAGGGUUCAGGGAGGUGAAAUCAGAACAACAAGUUAGGGCUGCUAUUGCCGCGUACGAGCGUUUCAUUGCGGCUGAGAUGCGUGAGUUUGCACAAUGUCGGGCAGUCUUUGACCGAGUAACCAAGCUUAUCAAUAUCAACUUUUGA